GUGCGGAUGUUCAGCACGAGUGCAAAUACACAGCAUAUGGCUUCGCACCUGCAGUACAAUAUUGGGCGUACGAGGCCAUUUUGGAGGUUGGGAAGAGGUAUGGCACGAACCACGGGAUUCGGUUCCCCAGGAUGCUUAGCUGGACGAACAAAGGCGAUAUUGGGAAGAAAGACGUCAGCGCAUUAUUUUCUAGACGGGUAUGAUUUUCACUUAUGUUCGGAAUAAUUAUUUAACAUAAAUGCUUGUAAUAAAUGCUAAAUGGUUUUAUUUUGAUAUUUUUUGAACCAUAAACAGAAUCUUGAAGUGGUGAAGGGGCUACUUCCACGGACAGAGGAGGAGGCAUUUGUGAGGACCAUAUCUUACGAUGGUGUGGAGAACCUGGUUGAUGAUGUUGUGGAUGACACAGAGGCUGAGGCAGGUAGUCAGGUACCAGAGACUCAGGUCCCAGACACUCAGGAAACAGACACUCAUGUACCAAUUUUUGGAACUUUUUUUUUUAUGUCUUUAUUUUUUAUUGUUUUUGUUUUGUGAUAUUUGUUACAUUAUGGAAUUAUCGUAUGCUUACCGUAUUUUUUUGAUAUAUAUUUUUUCAGGCCACUGGUUCAGAACCUCAGCCCAGUGCACCAUCUUCAUCAGGCGUUCGGGGUGCCGAGUACACUGAUUUAGUGGCUCGGUUGGAUAGGAUCGAGGCUGACACUCAGGGUCCGUAUCUUGCUCAUGUCGAGCCGAAGAAGGCAUACGAGACCAGCCAUGUAGAGCUGAAGGGUGGUCAGAACGUAAUUAUGGAGCAGCUCAGACACAUAUUGGCCAUGUUGAAUCGUCCGCCAACGACAGCUUCAGCACCGGAGGCCCCAGCAGAUCCAUCUACCCCACCACCAGCUGCUUCACCCCCAGUAGAAGAGGAUGAGGUCUUCCCCGACGAUUACGAUCCUUAUGAGGGAGCUCCAGCGACUCCGAUCGAGGCACAACCUCUUAUCCAUGUACAUGACACCGAGUCGCAGGGUGAGAUUCUGUCGAUAGAGGCACAACCUGCAGUGGUUAAGAGUCGGAAGAGGAAGAGAAAGCCUCCUGUAUGGUUCGGUGACUAUACGGAGAUGAAGAGGAGACAUAGGCCAUCUUCGACUUUUGAUCCCCUGGAGCCACCGGAUGAGAAAUUGUUAACCACUUUCCGAAAGUGGUGUGUUGGACUCAUUCCGAACCACCGACUUCGGGAUUUGAGAAGUGGUGAUUACGGUCCAGGAUUCUUUUGGACAAUGCUCACACCAAAGGAAUGGCUUACAGAUGACCAUAUAGAUGCAGCAAUGCAUAUGCUGAGGAGGCGACGCAACGACUAUCCACUGACAUUUCCUCAGAAGGGUAUCAUUCUCUCCACAUUCGUGACCGCCAUGAUCAGCAGUGCAUGGACGAGCCACAGGGGUCCGAGGAAAAACUUUGUGUGGGAGGAUUAUAUCCUGGACUACUGCAGAGGGGUUCAUAAGUCCCAAGUCUUUGAGAGAUGGAGGGGUAACGAGUUUAUUUACUUCGUUCUGAACCUUCCCGAGGCAAGGCACUGGGUCACAGUUGAAGUCGACAUAGAGCUGUGGAAAAUUAAUGUCUACGACUGUGAUUCCAGCGUCUGUCAUUGGACCGCCUUGGAACCCAUCCUGAAGGUUUGGGCAGAACUGCUGCCCUCGCUAAUCCUUGCAACCGGGGAAUUUCCACAUAACAACCAGAUCAUGGCGUUAGCUAACUGUGACAUCACGGUGCUUCCAAAAAUGCACUCGACUCGAGCCACUCACGACUUAGUUCCGAAGUCAGCAACCAGGUACAUAGCGAUAAAAAAGUACUAUAGUAUUAAAAUAUGUUUUACGUUAGACUGACUUUACAUUUUAUUUUGCAUUUAGUGGUGAUUGUGGCGUCUAUUGCAUUGAGUAGGUGGAGCAUCUCAUGAUGCAGCGUGUAUUGACCGAUGUGACGCCAGACCGGAUAGCUAUGUUUCGUCAACGGUGGUGUGUUGAUUUAUUUUACCAAAAUGUCGGCUGAUUAUAUGUGUAAUUAUUGCGACAUUGUAUAUUUUGUGUAAUUAACAUUACAAUAUAUAGAUUUUCUUUUCGUUCAAAUUUUGAUAAUUAUUCGUGGUUUUGUUAGGCUAUUUUUAGCCUAUGUUUUGGAUCCAAUUUAUGUGCAUUUUUAGCUGUGUUGGGACGGAAUUACGCUUGUUUUCUAUGUUUUCAGGUUCUUUGGAGUAAAAGAGGUCUCGGGUGCAGAAAUUCAUUAAAAGACGUGCUGAGC